CUAACUUGGGGACCGGGCACCUGAUUAUUUGAUGACGGGCUUGAAACAGGAAGGCUAUUGUGUAUCGUUGAGAUCUGAUCAAUUUUCCUUUUCUAAGUAGUCUGUGAGUUUGUGUGUGCGGGUGUAGCAGUCUUGUGGGCGGAGAGCUACAUAAAGUCGGGGCAACUGUAGCAUCGGUCCUUACAAGCCAAGCCGGGGAGAGAUAACACGCCUACAGCAAGCAGAACAUCACAAACUUCCCUCUCUAUCUCAAACGCUGUAGAUUAUCGCAAACAUAUCAACUCAUUUCUUUGGAACUUAGCAACCAUCAGCCAUGAUGUGUCACGGGGCGUCCUAUGAGAGAGUGCUGCUUGUCCUUGGCUUGGUCCUAGUUGCUGUGUCAUGUGUCGCACAGUCCAGGAAAAUAGACUGCACGCGGUUCGUGUUUGCCCCCCGGUGCCGCGGUGUUGCCGCCAAGCGAGCCCAGGCAGCUAUCAUAGACGCCGCCGACAGUGAUGACAUGCCAGCGUUAAACAAACAACCGUCACUAGUGGACAACGACUGGAACACAGACGAUACUGACUCCUACCAGAGACUGCAGUUCCUGGCGUCCAAACUGGGUCUCCGGCCUGUCAACGACGACAACACGGCAGAACAAGACCUAUGGGAAAGACUGAUGGCAUCUCGUACAAUGCGUCAUUGAGUCACGUGACCUCUGACGUCAUCAUCCUGUGGCCCGGAUGCAAAAUGUGAGGCUGCAUACCACCAUUCCUUCCUUCUGGAUCAGACGUUCAUCACCAUGGCCUGUUGCUGAAAGAGAGAGACGACUGCCGACAAACGCCCCCGCACUGACAUGUUUCAUAAAUAAUUUUUUCCAUUAUGAAAUUGUAUGUUCAAACUUUGAUACUCGUGUAUGUGGAGAGCGAAACAAAGUAAUGGUUAACAGGCGCUAUUUCGGUACCGUGUCUGGGUUCGAGACUUUGUUACUGAUGUUGAAACGACACUUCAUGGAAUAAACUUCAAACUCAUGUUUUCAA